AUGUGGUUAGUUGCGAAAAACAGUUUCCUGCUGUCGCCUGAUCUGACGUUGAUCAUUUUACAUAUUGCCUUAAGAAAUUUAAGGGUGUUGGGGUCCAUCGGGCCAAGAACCUCGAUGCAUAUUGGCAAGAAUUCCAUCGAGGGGAGGGCGUUCCCAUAUUUUUUCAUUUUCUCGUCCGCUGCCCUGGCCGCGGCCAGGGCAGCGAACGAAAAAAUUGAUGUAGACGACAUAUCCUCAGGCGAGCUUUGCACUGAUGAUGAUGAUCUUGAAUGCAAGAGGAGUCCAGUCACGUCAGGAUUUUUGCAUAGUUUAUUUAUUACAUCAUUAUUCGAUUUUCUCACAUCACGCGAUGAAGUAAAUUUGAUACAUGGGAAUGCAGCAUCAUUCAACUUUUCCAGCCGGUACAAACUUGUUUUCCUAGCACUCGCUUCAUUGAGCAUCAGCAUGGCUGCAGAUUAUAUGCAUUUUGGCAGAUCUAUUUACUGA